UUCUCUCUCUCUCUCUACCCCUAUCACCUCCUCUUUCAUCUCUCUCCUCAAAAAUCCUCCCAUCACUCUAGGGUUUCUGCAAAUCUCACCUCCAUACCUAUGAAUAAGGUUCGAACCCGAUUCGGCCGCCUUCGUGGGCGAGCUUCUUGCGUGCUCCGACCUCGGCUUCCGGAGGCUGGGGUCGGAUUCGUCGUCCGGAGAGGGCUCCGGACGGAUCACGCCGUGGAAACCGCGCUCGUCGACAUGUACACGAAGUACGGCUCGUUGCUCCGCGCCCAGGCGCUCUUCGAGGGGGCGGGCGCCCGUGACAGGAUCCUCUGGAACGCUAUGAUUGCGGGGUACGGUAUCCACGGGCGAGGAGAGGAGGCGCUUUCAGUUUUCCGCCGAACAAUCGGGGCGCCGGAUGAGGAGGCGAAGGUGAAGAUGCUGCGUAACCACAGGGAGAGGCUGGCUAUUGCGUUCAGGAUUCUGAAGACUAGGCGGGGGAUUAGGCUGUUGUCUGUUGAUCACGAAGAAGCUGAAAGUGUGUGGGGAUUGGCAUGAGGCGAUCAAGUUUAUGUUGAUUGUUGCAGAGAGAGAGAUUGCUGUGCCUGUGAGGGAUAUGAAGAGAGAAAGAAGGGGAGUUGUUCUUGCGGAGAGCAAUGAUUUGAGGAAGAUGAAGACGAAGCGUGUUUGCGUUUUCCUCUUUUUUGUAGUAACACUAACAUAUACUCCCUCCGUCUCCUAAUACAUGUCUCGUUUUGUCAAUCAGCCCAGCCCUUAGAAUCGCAAAUAGUGUUUCUGUGUUUUCUUGUUUACAGAGACUGAAUAAGAUUGAGAAAGAGACGAUGGAGAAACAGAGUAGAGAAAGGAAAGAGAAACUAGGGUGUUGAAAAUGAAAUAUAAUUAUGACCUCGGGAAACAGUGACCACAUUUAAUCCCAUUUCUUGUUUGUGUGAUUAUUAGUUUAGGAAUAUAUACUGAUAUUUGUUCUUCUUGAACAAUGUUUUAAGGUAAAUUACUGUAGUACUACUAUUUAACUUUCAUAGUAUUUUAUUUGUAUAAUAACAUAUAUUAUAUCAACCAGUUAAAUUAUUAA